AUGGUAGCAACCAUGGAAAAAUUCGAACUAGAAUACCAACCUAAAAAAGUCAGGGCUUACGCAGUGAAAGUUCUAAAGGAGCUCACCAAAAAGAAAACACGGCCCAUGCUUAUGUGCUUCCGUAACUGGGAGACGAGAGUUGGGUUUUGCGGGCCAGAAGAUGAAACUGAGUCUGAUGACCAGACCCGCGUCCUUGUUUUCAACGACAAGUACAUUUCUUUCUUGAUUCCGUGGAUGAUGUCGUUCUGCUGGUACGUGGACGAGAUAAUGGAGGAGCUUGCCGACCUUAGAGACCUCAACACUGUCAGCAACGGGAAACUGACUCUUGGUCCCGUGUUCACGGUCGCCGAGCUUGUUAAAAUCGAUAUGGUUUUCAGACUUUUCACCACGAUUGUUCCUAAACAAAAAGGGGAGCCGAAACCGCUUCACUCCAAGGUGACCGAGGUUCCUAGAGUGGAGGAGCCAAAAUCUACCGGGGUUUUGAAACCAAUUGACAGCUUGAAACCUGUUGAGAUUUCGGAGCCUGCUGAAGUUCUGCAGCCUGUUAGAAAUCCAGAGCCUGUUAAAGCUGACAAACCUGCUGACGCCAAACCUGCUGACGCCGUCAAACCUCCUUCUUCCAGGACUCUUGACCCCUCCAAGUCGGCUGAACCGUUCAGGUUCUCCAAUCCCUCUGUUCCAUGUUUCUCUAAAGACAUCCCGGGACCUCCAUGCUUUGACCACGAGCCUUCUGAUGCAGUCCCUCAAAAACCAGCUCAGCCAGCAAGCAAUGCUGUGGUUAUUCAGAAGCCAUUGUUUGAUGACCUCGUCAACAAAAUACAGGGUCUUCAAUUGUCCAUUGAGAUUAUGCAGAAUAUGUAG